GCAGCCACUAGACCAGGCCAGUCCUGGCCAGACGUUCCAACAAGCACACGCGCUUGUUCUCCGUCCCGCCGAUUUUAUUUUUAAUUUCGUUUAUAGACUUAAGUGUUUUUUUAAGUUCGAUUUUUUUGUUUUUACUUUUUCAUUUAUUUUUAGUGUUGAAUUCAUUUGGAUUAAAAUCUCUUCUUUUAUUGAAAUAUAUAUCAAUCGCAGAAAAAGAAGUAAAUAAAGAAGAAAAAAAACAAUGUCAUCAGUAAGGGAGAGCUCACAUGUGAGCAGAAAGUACGUGAGUCAUGGAGCCACUAUAUCCGGACAGGGCCACUCAGUGAAUUCGACCAACAGCCUCGAGAAUAACUUGGAUGCUUUAUUGGAAGAUCUGCAGACAAGUGUAUCCAGAAGUGCUACUCCCAGUGGACGUCGGCCUAUUUCGCCUCAAGUUGAAUAUAGAACUGCAGCCAAUCCUGUCAAAACAGUUACAGAAAUCAGAUCUAUUUCACCAACACGAACGACAACGACAACACGAGAAAAGUAUGUGAAUACAGGACCAAAUGGAGUAGGAAGCGGCAUUCUAGGCUUCGAGGCAUUAGACUCUGAAUUGCGAAAUGUUCAGCCAGGACAAAGUAAGACCGUGGCAUACAAACAGGUCUCUUAUCAGUAUAACAAGAGUCGCGACGGGAAGCCAAUAGAUUCAUUUGCAACAAGCGACAAUAUGAUGACUAGCAGUACUACACCCUUGUCAGAUGAUAUACACGAAACGAGUUACGAAGAAAUUCACAGAAGAAAAAAUGCAGAGAAAACUACUUUUACCAAGACCUCAACGGUUAACCGAGAACUAGUUUAUGGAGACACUUAUUCAUCAUCACGUUCAAAGCAGACAUCACCACUCCCCGGAAGUCAAUCGCGAGAUGUUAAAAUUAUCCGUGAAACAACUGCUUAUCCCGAACCCAAGGCAGUGUCAACAACAUACAACACUGCAACACGAGAACGGAUUCAAGAAUAUGGAGUAGAACAAGUUCCAGUGCCUUCACCAACGCCUACCAUCCCACUCAAUUUAGCUCCAGGCCCAAACACUAAGGUCACUACGACAAUCAAAACUUACACCUAUGAAUUGCCAGGAGCACCAGAGCAUUAUUUACCAGUUGGACAUACUGGAACAGAUCAAACAGUGACCUACAAGAUAGAUAAGACUCUUGAAAGAUCUGCUAGUCCUAUCAGAUACACAAGUACUCCAGAGAUAAAUCAAAAAUCGUCAAUUCUUCAUAAAGAAUCAAAAUAUUAUCAAGAAGAAUUACGUGGAUCUCCAAACUAUGGAAAACCAAUUUCUUUUCCUUCAGCACCGUCUCCAACGAAUCUAGAAACAACGACCACGAAAAAAGAGAAUUUCUAUAUCAGAGAUGAAAGAUAUGAGAAUAGUUAUACUCCAGUUGAUCGAACAGAUUAUCCAGGACAUCCAAACCAACCACCAUAUACAGAAACUACAACAACUACGUUAAUUGAUAGGAUCGAGGAACAUUAUCCUGAUAAACCUGCUUCACCAACUCGGGGUUAUUAUACUGCCUUACCACAAACACCACCACUAGCCAGUUCAAGUGUUUAUAAAUACUCUAAAGAAUCAUAUAACAACAGCCAUGCAAGCGACCGUGAAGUUCUUCUGCCCAAACCUUUCCCUACUGGAACUCAGUUGUAUCCUGUUAACGGCAAAGGGCCCAGUAAUGGUCAAGGACCACCUGCUAAACUAGAUGAUCUUAUGGCGUCAUUUUCUGACUCUGAGCGUGAAGUGCUGGUGGACAUCCAAAGAGAAGAAAGUAUAAAACGUAAAAAUAAAGAAAAUACCGGUGAAAUACAAAAGAAAACAGUUGACUUCGUCGGUCAUUCACCUCCUAAAGUACAGAGUAAAAAUGUAGCAGGUCCACCGGUUUAUUACCCCCCAGGUUCGGCAGAGUUUAAGUCGAAAGAAGAAGGAGCAAUGAUGCAAGCUAGUGGAGAAUGGGCAAGGGCACGAGGACAGUAUGAAUAUGAAGCAUCAAGCAAAACAAAACAAAAACAAACAAGUGGAAAAGCUGUAGUUCCUGUGUGCCUUCCUCUUUGUUGUGCGCUUCCUUGUGUCAUAAUGUAACAAAUUUUUUACUAAUUAAUUAUUUAAAUGAUUUUUUAAACAAAAAUAUUAUUUAAAAACCGAAAAGUUAUUCAUUAAAAUAUCGACAAUCAAUUUAAUAGAAUGUAGUCCUGAUCAUUAACAUCUGUAAGCAAACUCACGACUGACCCUAGAUUAUCAUGUGUAUGAUGGAUUAAUCAAAAAAUUUAAUGUUAAAUGCUAUUAAAUAUUGUCAGCGAACAAUAUUUAAUUAUAUUAUAAGAAAAUACGUAGUUUAAAGAUUAUUUGAUAAAUCGAUGAAUCAAAUAUCUUGAUGUAUAAUCAAAUUUCUUUGAGGACUUAUGUUUAACAAGUUUUCAUUAUAUUUAAUUAUAUUUAUCUAAUUAGAAUAAAGAAUUAUAAUUUUAAAGAUAAUUGUACUUUUACGUAUGUUAUGUGGAAAGAUAUUAUUAUAUUUUACUGGACAUGACAAUAUAUUAAUAAUGAUGGUCAUUUGGUAAAAACUAAGG